UAUACUUCUGGCACUGAAGCUCACCGUGAAGCUUUAUCGCUUGGUAGUUUGUGUCAGGAUGGGCCAGGGCUCGUCUUGCGCUACACGCGAGCGCACCUCGCGGCGGGCUGCGGCUGUGCGUGCCAGUCAAACGCGUAAUAUGGCAGGCUGCAGCGGCUGCCAACCUAGCAGCCUGGCUGGAGCAGUGCCCCCAGCCUCCCCCAGCCCCACACCACCACGAGCGCAGCCGCAGUCGCGGCAACGACGGCAUCGGCGACGGGGCGGCGAUAGCGACGGUGGCGGCAACGGUGGUGGCGGCAGCAGCAGCAGCAGCAGCAGCAGCAGCAGCAGCAGCGGCGGCAGCAGCGGGAAGGGCGCACUCGCCCUGCUGGUCGAACUCAUCAGCUCCAACGGAGUGGGCCUGAUGUUCGUCGGCCUUGGCCUGUGGGGCAUGGGCAAGGGCAUCGGCGACGGCAUCGGCAACGGCAUCGGCAACGGCGUCGGCCAGGGCAUCGAGAAGGGCCUGGACGCAUUGGGCACGGGCGUGCGAGAAGGCAUGCAGGGUUUUGGAAAGGAUUCCUUCGCGCGCAAGGGCAGCACGUUGUAGGAUGCUGCGAGUGAUGUUGGCGCGCCAAGGCGGCUCGCACGCUGUGCCAACCUAUUGGCGCCGGCACGCUUGUCCGCUUGGCUAUCAGCUCUGACGGCUUCCCGGCCGCACCGCCUGAACCAACCACUGCCUACCCCUGCCUUUCCCAGCUGCGCCACAGCCAUCACGCCAACCAGCCCCGGCAGCACACUCUCAUCGAGCGGCUUCGGGAACAGCGUGCGAGCCGCCUUGGUGCCAAUAUAGCAGCGACAUCGGUACGCUGUUCCCGAAGCCCCUUGAUGAGAGUGGGCUGCCGGGGCUAGUUGGCUUGGCGGCUGUGGUGGAGCUGGGCAAGGCAGGGGUAGGCAGUGUUGGUUCAGGCGUUUGGCCGAGAAGCCGUCAGAGCUGAUGGCGAAGCGUGCGUGGCUGGGGGCGGGUUGGAUAAUUGCUGGCGGGGUGCCAGCAAUUCUUCAGCGCCUGCACCCACUUUUACUGUGGAACAAUGAAGUUGAACGAGGCUGGCGGGCUGCCUGUUUGGAAAUUUAUGCAUUUUGUGUUCAGUUAAUAGCAAGGGUGGAUGCGUGUCCGUGUAGCAUGCAGGGUAUGCGCGCGGCCAUGGUGGUGGUCAGUGGUAGUCAUGGUGGUUUUACAACAGAUGUGCUUUGAGGCAGGGCAACUGGCGCCGCCGCCGUAAGUCGAGGCCAAACUGCUGAAGCUAUGCGCGGUGCAUGUUGGGAAGGGGCAAUAUUUUAGUGCAGGCCUGAUCGAGAGGUGACAUCGCUGGACCGCUUAUGUACUCGCUAGCGUGGGUGUCACAUUAUUUGUGGCCUGUGCACCGGCAGCGCGUUGGGUGCGGCGGGUGCGCCCGUUAUGUGCGCUUAGGUCAGGCGCGCGGCAUGGGACGAGGCCAGGACUAAUAAAGCCAGAGAGUCCGUCCGUCACGGUGGGUGUGGUGGCAAGGCGCGCACUCUCUGUUGUUGCGCUUCGUGUGUACCUCGGGACUCAGCGGACAGACCCGGCGGAGCCCACUGGGGCAACGCCUGGCCAGAGAGCGGCUGCGGGGGUUUGUCGAGCCACGUGCUGAAUCGUUGACCCAGGCCAUUGUCGCCGAGCAAUGAAAUGAUAAGGCGGUCGACGUGGAGAGGAGGACGAGGGCUGCAGCUGCGGCCAGAGAGGACUCUUGUGGGCAGAGCAGUUGGCGAGAGCAUCGCACAGGGGAUGUGAGAGUGGGAAAGCUCUGCUGAGAAGAGAGCGUUGCAAUGUGGAGUUGAGACGUCUCGCUCCGAUCCCACAGCCGGUAGUGUGUCAUACAUACGCUGCAUGUACGCAGAUUGACGAUACUGUAACCACUGGCACCGGAU